AGUAUGCUAAAAUGUUUAUCCUUAUUAUUCUAUACCAACAUUUCAAGUUGGAAUUGAAGUUGGCUUGUGAACAAUUCUUAUGUUAGAGCUUUGGAUGUGAAAAUUAAUAGUAUUCACUAACAUAGUCAAUCCGAAUUUGUUGUCCCCCAAAUAACAAAUAUUUUUUUAUAGGGACUAGUUUGCAAAUUCAAUGAAAAAAUAAAGGGCAUUUAAAAAAUAACCAAAAUUUUGACUCUUAUGUAAAUACUCUUAAGCAUUUCUUCUUCUUCGCCGUCGCCAGUCAAAACCCUAAUCCUAACCCUAACCGUAGCAAUGGGACGAGUCAUUAGGGCACAGCGUAAGGGUGCCGGAUCUGUGUUCAAGUCCCACACCCACCACCGUAAGGGUCCGGCCCGGUUCAGGUCUCUGGACUUCGGCGAGCGCAAUGGUUACCUGAAAGGAGUGGUCACCGAUAUCAUCCACGACCCGGGGCGAGGUGCCCCACUUGCCCGAGUCACGUUCCGUCAUCCAUUCAGGUACAAGCACCAGAAGGAGCUUUUCAUCGCCGCAGAGGGCUUGUACUCCGGUCAGUUCAUCUACUGUGGGAAGAAGGCUAAUCUCGUCGUUGGUAAUGUCCUUCCUCUUAGAUCUCUUCCUGAAGGUACUGUUAUUUGCAACGUUGAGCACCACGUUGGUGACCGUGGUGUUCUCGCUAGGGCAUCUGGUGAUUACGCCGUUGUUAUCAGUCACAACCCGGAUAAUGGAACUAGCAGAGUUAAGCUUCCAUCCGGAGCUAAGAAGAUUUUGCCAAGUGGAUGCAGAGCUAUGAUUGGUCAGGUUGCCGGUGGAGGCAGGACCGAGAAGCCAAUGUUGAAGGCCGGAAAUGCAUACCACAAGUUCAGAGUGAAGAGGAAUAGCUGGCCUAAGGUUCGUGGUGUUGCUAUGAACCCUGUGGAGCAUCCUCAUGGUGGUGGUAACCACCAGCACAUUGGUCAUGCCAGUACAAUUGCAAGAGACGCUGCACCUGGGCAAAAGGUCGGUCUCAUUGCUGCCAGGAGGACUGGUCGUCUCCGAGGACAAGCUGCCGCCGCUGCUUCCAAAGCCGACUAGGGCUUUUUCGAAGGUUUUUUUGUUGUUGUUGUUGUUGUUGUGUGGGCACUUUUUACUAAUCAAUACUAGAGUGUCUUUUGUUAUUAGUCUUCUUAGGAAUGAAGUUCAGUUUCUGGAAUAGAGAUACCAUUUAGCAUUAUCAUAAUCUAUAUGUGUUUCUUUUUUGUUUUGCUGAAACUUUUUUGCCUUAAAUGUAAUAAAACUUUGUAUCGAAUGGUUGAGUUUAGUGGGCAUGCUUGCCAGUUUUGGGUACA